UAAUUAUUCGUUAACGUGAAACGGAACGUAACAUAGUACAGUUUGGUUUGCCCUAUUUGUAACGCUCGUACACGCCCAGAAAUACCAGAAAACUACAUAAAAAUAUCAAAACAUUAACUAUGAGAAUAUACUGAUAGUGAUUUCUUUUUUUUUAUUUUUGUUAUUGUGUUGUCAAUCAGUUCCUGGAGAUGUCCGUUAGUGCGAGUGCAGAGAACCUUUCUACCGAUGCACAGAGUUGUGAUGGAGGCUCCAUGUGCCUUGAGCUCGCAUUGGAGGGGGAGCGACUCUGCAAGGCGGGCGAUUGUCGUGCAGGAGUCGCCUUCUUCCAGGCCGCCAUACAGGCUGGCACCGAUGACUUGCGCACCCUCAGCGCUAUCUAUAGCCAACUUGGAAAUGCUUAUUUUUAUCUUGGCGACUACAACAAAGCAAUGCAAUACCACAAACAUGAUUUGACUCUAGCUAGGACAAUGAAUGAUAAAUUAGGCGAGGCAAAAGCCUCUGGAAAUCUCGGGAACACACUCAAAGUGAUGGGCAAGUUUGCUGAGGCCAUUCAGUGCUGCAAACGUCACUUGGAAAUCUCACGGGCUCUCGGUGACCGUCUGAGUGAGGGUCGAGCGUUGUACAAUUUGGGAAAUGUGUACCAUGCUCAAGGCAAGCAGCUGGGCAGAGUUGGUCAAAACGACCCCGGUCACUUUCCGCAGGAGGUCCGAGACUGCCUCAUGCAGGCGGUUGAAUAUUACGAAGAGAAUCUAGAGUUGAUGCGUAGUUUAGGCGACCGUCAAGCGAUGGGUCGAGCGUGCGGCAACCUCGGCAACACUUGCUACCUCCUAGGCGACUUCGCCCGCGCCAUCCGCUACCACACGGAGCGGUUGCAGAUUGCUCAAGAGUUCGGUGACAAGGCGGCUGAGCGUCGCGCGAACAGCAACCUCGGCAACUCUCAUAUAUUCCUCGGACAGUUUGAGAACGCUGCUGAACAUUACAAACGAACCCUGGCAUUGGCUGAGGAGCUCGGCGACGCGGCCGUGGAAGCCCAAGCGUGCUACUCCCUCGGGAAUACCUACACUCUCCUGCGGGAAUACAGGAUCGCGGAGGAAUACCACGCUAGACAUCUGACAGCCGCCAGGAAGCUCCAGGACCGCGUCGGGGAGGGCCGCGCGUGCUGGUCCUUGGGGAAUGCUCACGCUGCUCUGGGGAACCACGAGAAGGCCCUGUAUUAUGCUAAUGAGCAUUAUAAUAUAUCUAAAGAGCUCGGCGAUGUGCUUGGCAUGGCGACAGCUCAAAUGAACAUCAGCGACCUCCGGAAGGUGUUAGGAAUGCCGGCCGAGGCAGAGUCGCCGCCCGCGCCCUCUAUAGAAGAGGACAGGACGCCGCGGACGCCGUUCAACGCUCUGCGGGUACGACGUCAGAGUAUGGAGCAACUGUCGCUUAUACAGAUAACACCAGACAAUAAGAAAAAAGAGUCCGAAUUAGACAACGAGAAGAAACACGAAGUGGUCAGAACGGAAUCCGAGGAGAACCCGGUGGAUUCGUUCUUCGACCUGCUCAGCCGGUGUCAGUCGGAGCGGAUGGACGAGCAGCGCGCCACGCUGAAUGCCAACAAAGAGAACCGGCCUAAACCCAAGGGGUCCAACAACAAGCUACAGAGGUCGGCCAGCAGUGGGAACAAAAACCCAAGUCCAAACGACGCAAUGCUGGACAUGAUCACGGACCUACAAUCGGAGAGGAUGGACUCCCAACGCGCCGAGCUCCGUCCCGUGCCGAAGAAACUCAGCAAGGAGAGUAAAGGCACCUCCCUGCCAGGGCUCCGCACGCAACAGACUACCUCCACGAAGCCGGAGGACGACUUCCUGGACAUGAUCGCUCGCGUACAGGGAUCCCGUCUAGAAGAUCAGCGUUCAGAAUUGCCUCGCCCAAAACCGGAAGAGCGGCCCAAGACUGUGCCGGAUGAUGACUUCUUUGCACAGCUGAUGCGCGCGCAGGCCGGCCGCAUGGAGGACCAGCGGGCGACGAUUCCGUUACAAGAAAACCGUCAAAACAAAAGCGGUUCCAACGCCAAGAAGUAGACUGGUGUAUGUUAAUACAGAUAUUAGAUGCAACUGUAGUUUACUUCGAGUCGAUACGAGCAAAGUCAGGUAGUGAUUGUGUUCCGAACGAAUCGUACGACCUAACACUGACCCCACUGUCGUUGCUUUAUUGUUACUCUUUGACAAAUUGAUAUUUUAAAUUGUUUUACACUUUACAAUUUGUAUUGGAAUGAAAAUCGAAUAUGUUUAAUAAUUGUAAUAUUGAAAUUUACAAUUUUUUUUUUUUUUUUUACUCUAUGACUUGACACAAUUUAUGAAUAAUGAAUUAUUAAUUAUAAUUAUUUAUUACUAUUUAAAAUUUGAACCGAAAUCCAGCGAUGAUAUUAUUUUUUAUACGACUUAGAAUGGCAAACAAGCUGACGGCCCACCUGAUGGAAAGUGGUAACCGUCGCCUGUAGACAUGAGCAGUACCGUGGACAUAACAGAGUAUACUGUUUCCGUCCAUGAUACCGCCCAUGCGUUGCCAUUCCUGAGGACUGAGGUGUUAUUCCUCUGUACCGUGUAAAUUCACGCCACGCUGUUCCUUACACUGAACAACCUUUAUGAAUAGCCAUAGACAAUAAUAUGUUAAAAUAACUUUUUAAUUUUUAUCCUUUUUUACUUUUGACACAGCGUGUUUUAUAUAAAAGGCUGCAAAUAUGUAUAUUUUUUUUUUAUAUUUUAAUGUUAUUUUGUUUGUACAAAGACAUUCGCUGGAUUUCCUCUUUUAUUUUCUUCUUAUUCUAUAAUAAUCUAAUAUAUUUUUAAUUAUCUUUAUUUAAUUUUAUUUCUUUGACAUAAUCAAGGUAAUAUUAAUAAAUAAUAACAGAACUAUACGUAAACACUUUUUACUCUUUGACAUAUUCGAAUUUUGAUUCUUAUAUUACAUUCCUUUCCGCAUUUAAUCUUUUACUUAGUCUAUGCAUUUUUUGUGACUGUAUCUAUGUUCAUACAUAUGUCAGUGAUAUGUCAAAUGUUUCAUUUAUGUACAGUCAUACGCAAUAUUACGAGCACAAUUCCGUAUUGUAUUGUACUGAUGCAACGGAAAAGAUUAUAUAUACGGCAGAAGUUAAAAGUAAUUUUGCCUGUUAAAUUUAGUCUAUGACAUGUAAACUGUUUAUACAGGGUGUAAAGGACAGGUUGGCGAAAAUUUUAAUAGUGAAAUCAGACCAUUAUUACGAAUUGGAAGUGGAAAAUCUUUUCGGAAAAUUUAAAUUUUUUUCUUUUUAAUUUCUGUGUUUCUUUUUCAUUUAAAGUCAUAUAAUCUCUGAUACUAUAUCAUAAUAAUAAAUAAUAUUAUUUUAUAAUGAAUUACUAUGAAAUACCAAAAAAAAAAAAAAAAAACAGCAAUGUAAUACACGUAUUAAAAUACUACCGCGAUCAUCAAUCUGCUGUGAAAGGUCAACGCCCCAAGCGUACGAAAACUACCUAUAAAAAAGCGCUAUUGAGCGCGCCUUGUACGCGUCGCGCGUAUCGUAAAAUUUCAAAUACAUUGCGCGGCUUCAAAACUAAGAAUCGUUAAUUACAUGAUUGUUGUGUAUUUUCCAAUGGGAAAAUAAUCUACCAUCUGAUUCAGGUGGUCUACCAUGAAAUGAAAUUCCGAAAUUUCGGGCUCAAUUUCGUGUUUUUGUUCGUAUCGAAAUAUACCCAGUAAAUGGAGCUUAGCAUUUCGUUCAUAAUAAAUCCUAUUCUAAUAGUCCAAAGGAACGAUAUUUUAACAUUUCUAAUAAUUUUAAUCAGCAUGUAUUAUGUAAAUUUAACAUCAAAUUUCUGUUUCGUUCGUCCCUGAAAUUUCGGAAAAUACUUCUUUUUUUUUAUACCACUGAGGUGGCAAACAAGCAUACGGCCCACCCGAUGGUAAGCGGUUACCGUAGCCUAUGAACGCCUGCAAUACCAGAGGUAUUACGCGCGCGUUGCCGACCCUGAAGAAACCUCUUUACCCCCUUUUGAAGAACCCUAUGCUGUAGUCUUUCGGGAAAACCUCGGCAGGGAGCUCAUUCCAUAACCUGAGUGUUCGUGGGAGAAAGCAGGUAGGUAUUCAUGGUAGGCCCUCAGAUUAUUAAUCUGAAUCAGUUGUUUUCGUUUCAACCAACCUGUCCCAUCCACCCUGUAUAUUAUUAUAAUUGUUAAUAAAUAAAUAAAUAAUACAGUGUAGUUAAAUCGUAAUAACUUACUGCAGUGUACAGUUACCAACAAGUUCAAUGCAAUUAUCGUGGCGACACUAAAACGAGCGAUAUCGAAAGGCAAUAUUGGAUUGUAAUACAUUGUAUACAACGUAUCAUAAUAACUGUGCAUGUUUUAUACAAAUAAUAUAAAAGUGACUAUAUCUGUAUAUAAAAUGAACAGUCUGUUAGUGAAUAAUCUUAAUCAACAAGGAAUAUAAAAUGUAGGAUAGGUUUUCGCUUUUUUUUUUAUUUUUUAGACGCGGCUCUAUUAGGCUUAUUUAUUAUAUUAUCUAUGCUUCUGUAUAGUUUGGGAUCCAAUAACAAAGUGUACUUUGAGAAGAUUAAUUAACGCCUUUUUACACGCGCCGGAGUAAUUUUGACUGGUUUUAGUAACAGAACUUACCAGCUACGUCCUUCUCAGUGCCAAACUCUAUAUAUAUAUAUAUAUAUAUGGCAUUUAUAUACGUCGAGGCACUAAGAAAUAACUAAUUCAGUGGCACAGCUAGGUAACCAAAGGCCCUGGGGGAAAAAAUAAACCAGUCUAAGAAUAUAGGGGAGUUCCCCGCAAAUUCCAAACAAGAAUGUUCUAGAUUUGCUGGGGGAAUUCCCAUAUUUUUUUUCAAAUAAGUUGCCAUUAUUAAAGUCGCGUUCUUGGAAUCUGGUUUAUUCAAAUUCCGAAUGUGGGAGAAAUUUUGACUAGUUCAAUUUAUAGUUUGUAAGUCAUAGUCAGAGGGGAACCUGAGCUUGGGGCCCCGGGGCCCCGUCUAACCCUCUGAUAGAUACACCACUGAACUAAUUUCACAAUCGAUAGUUGAAUCCAAUUUAAGUAGGAUUUGAAAAGAAAACAUGAAUUGUUUAAUAUCGGCUUUAAAAAUGCAUUUUCGUAAUUGUAAAAAAAAUAAACGCGGAGAGAAAUGCUUGUCUAUGCCGUCGCUUAUGACAUUUUUCGUACAUCAAACAGACCUGUCAAAUCUACUAGUUGCCCGGCACGUGUAUAAAGGCCUUAUACUUCAACCCCCUUAUUUGUAAAAAUUAAAACCCCCAACAAACCUAUUUUAGUGAUUAAAAUGUUUUGUCACUGGCUUUCAGAUUGGAAAAUUUAACGAAAAAGAAAGAGAACUGAAAUAGGUUUUUAUGAUUGAGAGGGUAAGAGUGAGAUUUCCUUGUUCGAUGUUUUUAUAUAAAUUUGACAAUAUUAGUUGCUUUGCUGUUACGAAAGCGAUCUGUAAAUGAAAAUAAAUAUAUGUACUAAGAAAAACAAGAUACAACCGCGUGUAAUAAUAGGUAAGCGUUGUCGCAGUGAAUUCCAAAGAUAUUUGGUAAAAUAUUUUUACUGUUGAACGCUUCUGCGAUCGAUGUUCUAAGAUUGAUGGGAUCAGGUAAAAUUUAAUACGACAUGAUGCCAAAUUGUUUACUAUAUUAUUAUACGUGUGUGUAUCUAGUGGUCUGUAUGCAGAUGUUAGAGAGAAUAUACCGACCCGAAACUAAUGUUGAUAUUUAUGGAACUUGGAUUUUUUUUUUAAUAAACAUAGUGCAAAUAAAGUCCCCGUAUAGCUACUCGGUUUGUGUAAAAGAAUCAAAAUUAUAUACUGGUUGGUUUUAUACUACGUCCAUAGUUUUUUCAAGUUGAAAAAAGUUGACCAAUUUCAUAAAUAGUCAAAGUUCAAUCUAAGUUUCAGUUGGGUGUGCCGUCUCCGGGAGGCCCUGUAUAAUUUUGUGUUUUAGUACUCGGUGCGUCCAUUAAUAGUGCAUCACAGAAACUAUAAUAAGUUUUCAGGCCUACGUAUUAAUAGUGAAUUGUGUAAUCAUAUAUUUAUUUAACUGUAAUGGCUCGAAUAUUGUUUUUUAGGAAAUUGGUUUCGUCAAUUGCCAAAUAAUUGUUUUGUAAACGUUAAUAAAGUUGGCUGGCUUAUCACUAAAUCGCUGAGUUUAGAAGCACGAAUGUUGUUGAAUGUGAAAGAAUCCUCGAUUUGCUAUGAAGUUUAAUGAAUCCUUAUUUAUGUGCUGAUUUAGUCUAAAUUCUAUUAUGAUGUACUUCGAUGCUCUGAAGGCUUUCCCGAUUAUGACCCUAAACUUACUGGUCACAGAGUUUAGUUUUGCGUGCAACAGUGAUUUGGUGGUAAAUUUAUUGUUAAGGAAACCAAAUAAUUUUAUAACUAUUUAUAUCGAAUAUAUUCACGUAUCAACUUCGUGAUUGUCUGACCAGUUUCCAAAUAUAUCUUUGGAGUCAGAAAUUAUUGUCAUAAUAAACAUCUGUGGUUUGCCA